UCGAUGGGCAUGAAAGACGGUGACAAUACAACGACAAAGCUGCUCACUCUCCUCAAUGUAUCUGCGACGAAGUCUGGGAAACACAAGUGGGAUGUUCAUGACGAAUCUAGGCGGCCUGAGAAACUGAACAAACGCAAAACUGUGAAGAUCGCGGUCGCGCAAGAAAAGACACAGGAAGGUCCGGAUGUAGAGAUGGAAGGAGCACAAGAAAUUACGGAGGCUCAAGUAUUGCAAGGUGAUUCAGACGAUUUAGAUGAAAUGCAAAAAUCCUCGGACCCUUACGAGACACAUUUUGGCUGCAAUCCUUCGUGCCUUGGGAAAGCUAGAUCCUCUGCUGACAACAUCUCUUGGAAAAUGUCUCAAGGAUCCAGAGGAAAGCUCGGUCAGAUUUCCGAAUUCGUCCCAGAAGGCUCUGAGCCUAGUUCCUCCAAAAGAGAUGUCGAUGGGAUUCUGGAACGAAUACGCAAACCGUUCUCGGUGCGACAGGGCAAACUCCUGAAGGAUCAGGCCGAGUUGCAGAACGAUGUUAUCUCGUUGUUAUGCGGAUACCAAGACUUUUAUUCGACCUUUAGUACCUGGGGGUCGAAGCAAUGUGUUCGGGAGGCAAUAUCGUUACAUAUUCUCAAUCACAUUACCAAGAAGCGACGAAGAGUGCUUAAAAAUAACGAGAGGCUCUCGAAUGCAUCAAAAUACAAAUCAGAUCCUCCGGAAGAUGUGCAGGACCAAGGAUUCACUCGGCCUUCUACCCUCAUAUUACUCCCUACUCGAAACUCUGCCUUAGCUUGGUUCAGUGCCUUGAUAUCCCAUACCCCGUCACCGGAAUAUCAGAUUGAGAAUCACAGCCGAUUCGUAGCAGAGUACGGCCUACCCCCUGACGCCGUCGACAAGCUGGCUUCCGCCGAACCAGGUACCUAUCCCGAAGACCACGUCGAGAAUUUCAAAGGAAAUGUAGAUGAUUGCUUCAGAAUUGGAAUUAAAAUGACCCGCAAGAGUGUCAAAGCUUUUUCCGACUUCUACAAAUGUGAUCUGCUCAUCGCGAGCCCUCUUGGACUGCGGCAGUCGAUACAGAAAGAAAGAGGCGCAGAUUACUUGUCAUCUAUCGAGGUCCUGGUUAUCGAUCAGCUAGAUGCUUUGACCAUGCAAAACUGGGACCAUGUCAAGUUCAUUCUUGAACACCUCAAUAAAUUGCCGAAGGAAUCACACGACACCGACUUUUCGCGUGUCAAGCCAUGGUAUCUGGACGGCCACUCGGAGUAUUUGAGGCAGUCGAUAUUGCUUUCGGCCUAUGAAACACCUGAAACGCGUGCGCUUUUCAACAACAACCUAAAGAAUCUCGCUGGUCGAAUACGGCAGGAUAAACGUUGGUCUGCAAUUGAUGUCCCUGAGGGUGUGCAACAAAAUUUCAUCCGGUUCGAAUGUUCCAACCCUCAAAGCGAGACUGAUAAACGCUUCAACUAUUUUAUCACCCAGGUGUUGCCUACGGUUCUAAAGUCCGCUGUCCAGAGCGCCAACACUGCAAUCUUCAUCCCCUCUUAUUUUGAUCUCAUACGCGUACAGAACCAUUUCCGUACUCUUACCGGUACAUCGUACACCGUCCUCUCGGAGUACUCCUCAAAUCAAGAUAUCUCCCGCGCACGCCAAGCUUUCUUCUUGGGCCAGAAAUCAUUCUUGCUCAUCACAGAGCGCUUCCAUUUCUAUAAACGAUAUAAAAUCAGAGGGAUUCGAAAUAUCAUCUUCUAUGGUCCUCCCGAUCAUCCCCAGUUCUACAGCGAACUCUUGUCGUAUCCCUUCUUGGAUGACGGAGUCGAGGCUUCAGACCUUACUUGCCGAGUACUGUUUUCAAAGUAUGACUGGUUCCGUUUGGAACGCAUAGCGGGUACCGAAGCGGCGGCUGAACUGAUCAAAUCUGUGUAG